AAAUUAUAAACAAAUUAUUGUUUUUGGUUGGUACACUACAGUUAAUCCUACCAAAUCCAUUUACUAACCUAAUUUUGUGGUUACACAUACACAUAUAGACUUUGAAACAGAGGAAACAUAAUCCAGUAAUACCAUUUAUCAUCAUCAAUCAAAAUCUACAUUUUUUUUAGCCCCCUGCUAUAACCCAUUCUCAUUAGUCGUUUGAAUAUCAUUAAAAGCAUGCUCAUUUAAGGUAAGGAGAAGAAAGAGAGGGCUUUACGUACAGAAGCAAGGAAUUAGUAUGUGUUCCAUCAUUAAUGGAAUCUCUCAUCGAAAGCUCCAACAUUUUAUUGUCUCAAUCUCUCGUGGCACUUCUUCCUCUAACAACGAUCCAGAAUGGUGCGCCACCGUCGAUUUCGCCACCCGUUUGGUCGCCUAUAUCACUGUUAUUCUGGCUUUGGUUGUGAUUGUGAUAUUGAUCAUACUGAGGUUGGUGGAGGAAGUAGUAUUCAACCAGAAUGGGAGAGAGGAUCAUGAUCAUGAUUAUGGAGAAUCAUUUACGACUGAAACUAACUCGUUGAUAAUUAGGGCAGAAAAGCAAGUUCAUUAUGGGACUAUUAACACUCCUACAAGUUGUGAUGAAGCAGAUAAUAAUAGCAAUAAUAAUGUGUAUGUAGAAAUCGGAAGUUGUAGCAAUAGUAAUGGUAACAGCAGUAGUAAUGGUAUUGGUUGCUGUUCCGAGGAGUUAUAUGAUGGAAAAGUAUGCGUGAUUUGCUAUGACCAAUCAAGAAAUUGCUUCUUCGUCCCUUGUGGUCAUUCUGCUACUUGUUAUAUCUGUGCUCAAAGGAUUUUCAAUGGCGAAACUAAGACUUGCCCAGUAUGCCGGAGAUUCAUUCGCAAAGUAAGAAAAUUGUUUGCCAUAUAGGUGUUUAUUUUAUUUAUUUAGUUAAAUUAAUUAGUGCUAGUUAAUUAGAUGUGGAUUUCUAGUUUUCAUUUUUAUUAGCUAUCUUGAUCUACCUAAUCAAUCGAAAUUGAAUUUGGUUGUUUUAUUAUAAGACCAUAUAUACCUUAUUAACGUAUCUGUUCAAUUGUUUUUCUUUGGCACGUAGAUAAAUUUCUACAUAUAUUCAAUUAA